GCAAAUGCGCGCUUGCUGGCACGUCUAAGUAAUCCUCUGGGUUAAACAAAGGUCCACCAGGUACCUCGGUAAACAAAAAACAAAAAAGCGAACAACUAACGCAAAAACCAAAGUUUGAUCAUCUAGAAUUGACUCCAUCUCAAUUCAUCUAAAUCAGAUUUUAACUACCGGUUUUUACCGCAUUUGUGUUUUACCGGAUAUUUUUUUUAAUACAAUAAAUCAUUUCAGUGAACUCGUGAAUGAGUGCAAGUUUGUGAAUAUAUGUGUAUAUACAUUUGAUAAUGAUGUGAACGUGCCGCGUAUGUUGGGCCAAAAAUAUUCUCCCUUCUCGUGAUAAUUAUACCUUGUAAUAUGCUAGAGUGGCUGGACUAUGAGACUCUGGAAAAUUACAAUGGAGCCUUUUUUUAACUGAAGAUAUUAUUCUUGCAGUCAAGACCAGUGUUAAGGUUCAAUUUGUUGUGGGUGCAGAAUCUCUGUUUGGGAUAUUUUCAUCAAAAAAUGGACUAGUCUUGGCAAUAAGACCAACCCUUGGAUUUCAACAGGUGUAUUUAUCAACAAUGGACUAUUAUAAACUUUAAAAAUACCAAACCUGUGAUUUCCGAUGGCAAAGAUGUUCAGCUCGUUGCGCCUGGCGACGAUGCGUUCGCAUAAGAAUCGGGCGAGACCGGGUAGUGUCGCAACUUCUGCGAGUUCGGAUUCAACCCGAACGGAGGAUAUUUCUAGUCAGCAGUACUACCCUUCGGUUUUUCUUGCUCUGGAGGAAGUGGAAAAUAAUGGACCAUCCCCGACUAGCAUGUCGUCAAAAGUGGCGCAGGUGAGGAUCGAGAGAGAAGGUGGUAGUCUGGGUGUCACUCUGAGAGGUGGAGUUGCGAGGGCUUUGGUGGUGACGAGUGUCAAAUCUGAUGGACCUGCAGCUAGAGAAGGUAGGGUUCGACCUGGUGACAGGUUAUUGGCUGUUGAUGACACAGAAUUGAGAGGACUCAGCCUAGCUGAUGCACAACGAGCGCUUAGGAGAAGUUCUGAUGCUCCAGUUGCAUCCCUUACUAUUGAGUACGAUGUUGCUAAUAUGGAUGAAGCUCGAGCUGCAACUUCUGGACCCCUUCUGGUGCAACUAGAACGGGGGCCUUCUGGGGAACUGGGUCUAACAGUAAUAGAAACACAAAGUGGUGUCUACAUCGAAAGUCUUCGUCCAGCAAGUACAGCAGAUCGCUGUGGUGCCCUUCAACCAGGAGAUCGACUCUUAGCAGUUGACGAUACUCCAAUCCAGGACGCCAUCAGUGCAGCAAAACUUCUGAGAAACACUUCAGAAAAUUGUCGAAUCGCGAUGCUUCAAAUCUUGCCAAGGCCUCCAAGUACUUCCACGAGGACAAUUAAAAGAAGAGCUCAACCUCAAGCUCAGAAGAACACGAAUCAAACUCUCUACACUAAAGAAAGUUUGACCAUCGUCCUCAGACCAGAUCACCGAGGUCUUGGUCUCGCUCUAAAACUUUCAGAGGAUCGUUUUAAUUACAUUGUUGACCUACUCGAACCCGGUGGACCAGCAGAGAGAAGUGGAGUUCUUCUUCCAGGGGAUAAAGUCAUCGCCAUAAAUCGAAGAAUUCUGAGGGAACUUCCACCAAGUGAAAUUGCUAUUAUGCUCGAAUCUUCCCAGGUUGAAUUGGUGACCGAGUACAGAGUUGGUGGACCAGUAGUUCCCAGUUCUGGAGUAUUCACAGUAAGGGUGGCUAGACCUUCUGGAUGUCAACCAGAUUUGGGACUCACAGUAAACGAAGACUUGGUAAUCGCAGAAGUUCGGAGAGGAUCAUUAGCUUAUAGAACUGGAAGCUUAUCUCCUGGGGAUCGUCUUCUGGCAAUCGAUGGUCAAAAGUUGGACCCAGGUGACCUCAGAGAAGCAGCACAAUUGCUACACCGACCUGGAAAUUCUGUCGUUGGUCUCACCGUUAGAAAACCAGACCUUGCAUCAGACACAAGGGAAUCAAGCAUAGCCGGUGAUUCAAUACAACAAUACCCAAAUGGAGUUUUGCGAUCGGCAAGAGAAAGUUUACCCAGUGUCGAUAGCGCAGUGGAUUCCUGGGGAGAAAUUGGAGAAGUCUGCGGACCAGAAAUCCUGAGACUUUGGGACACAGCUUCCAUUGACAGUGGACAACUAGAGUUGCCCAUGCCGCCCUAUCAAAGUUCCAGUCCUCAAGAACGCAGCAGUUCUGAAACAAGAAAUCAGCAAGUUGUCCACGUUUGUCUGCACAAAGAUCCGGUUUACGAAGACUUUGGAUUUUCAGUUUCGGACGGAUUGUACGAACGGGGAGUGUACAUAAAUCGACUAAGGCCAGGUGGACCCUGUGACGGAAUCUUAAGGCCCUACGACCGAAUUCUGAGAGUCAACGAUUCCAGCACCGAAGACUGCGACUGUUGCCUCGCAGUUCCUCUUAUCGCAGCAGCUGGUUCUCGUCUGGAUCUUACAGUUGCGAGGCCUUUAUCAUCAGAAAAUGCAACGAAGACUCUAUAAAUUUUAUCUUGCAGGCUUAAGACUGUAUUAUUUAUUGAAAGCAUACUUGGCGCAAUCGAUACGAGGCUUCUGUUAUAUUUUUGUACGCAUGCGUUUAUUUAUAAAAAUAAAUAUACAU